AUGUCAACAGGUAUUUUAAAGUUUGAUGAUGAAAAAAGGAAGAAAAAGAGGGACUAUAGUAAAAAUGGUUGCAGGGAAUGUAAACGACGGAAGAUCAAGUGUGAUGAAGCAAAACCAGAAUGCUGGCAAUGCAAAAGACUAAAAAAGUUCUGCUCAUAUCCAGAAGUUGGAGAAAGGGUAGCAAGGGUAUCAAGGAAACGAAUGCGCAAUUAUGAUUCUUACAGAGAGUCUGAGGGAUUAAAUUCUCCUAAUUUAUACGGCCCUGGCACAGCUAUAGACCCACGUAUGAAAAAUACUAUAGGAAAUGGCCAAGCACAGAAUUCCACAUAUACUCAACCACAGUCCAAUACCCGAGAAAUAUAUCCACCUCGAUUAGCUCCACCAUCCAUAAUAAAUUUACUUAAUGAUACCCAGAAUAUUGAUCGAAGUAGCGUUAAUGGCACAAGCAGAACUACUGCGACACCAGAAGAUGGGUCACAAUCUCUGCCGUUUACUAUUUUAAAUGAUUCUAAUAAAUUUCGGAACUUAUCUGAUCAACGUGCAGAAUCUGAAUACAGUACUACACCUGGGCACCCAAUCGAAAAUGGUGACAUGAUAUUAUUAAGUUCUGAUGGAUUAUAUGAAUCUAACCCGAAAGACCUUAAUUUAUUAGCCACUGACCUAAAUGAUAUCGUUAGCAGCUUUAUGUUCGAAGCUAACUUUGAUACAAAAUUACAUGAAGAUGAUUUUCAGUCAUUAGACAAUCUAUUUGAUGAGCAUAUAGCUAAAUAUAAGGACGUAUCUGAUGGAGAAUUGAACGUGCAUGCUAAUGCUAAUGAAGAUAUUGAUGGGCCUAUUCCUAGACAUAUUCCGGUAGAUUUUAUUAAAGUUAAAACGAAAAGAGAAGAGAAAUAUCUUCGAGGGUUUUAUGAUAUUUUUGCGGAAAUAAUGGUUCCUUUCAAUUCUUACGACGAGAAAGUAAAAGCAUCAUUCAAUCCAUUACGAGAUACUUUACUCAAAUGUGCAUCAGAAGAACCAUUUCUUUUAGCAGGUUUAUUAGCGCUGGGAGCUAAAGCGUGUUUUGAGAAGUCCAAUUUACCAGAAGACGAAGAGGCAUUUUUUAAGUAUCUUUCAAAUUGUUUGAAAAUGUUAGAACCAUCUUUGCUAGGGAAAGAAGAUAAAGAUAAGAAAACAUGGGCAUCAAACAUAGAUUCUGUCCUAGUAACUGUUUUAUUGUUAACAGGAAUUAAUGCAUUGAGUUCCAAACAAGAAUGGAGACCGCACUUAAGGGGCGCAAAAGACAUUCUAUUAAGAUAUUCAUCAAAUAGUCUUGAGUAUCCCAGACUAAGGCAUUCAAAAUUAAUGAUCUUCUGUAAAUUUAUCUUUGCAUCCUAUGAAACUUUAGCAGGGUUAAGUUCUAAAUUUGGAGGGACCCUUAAGGAAUCGGAAAUAGAUCUAUUAAUUUCUGCUGGUGAUCCAGAUGAGUUAAAGGCUUUGAGGGAUCUAGGAAUUGUAAGAGAUGAUGGGUUCAAUCUAUUAUGUGGUUAUCAUAAUUCCUGUAUUACUCAUUUGAGGGAUUUAAUAAAAAUAUUAAAUAAGACUAGAUCCAAAGGUAAUAGUUUUGAGCCUAAAGACACACUUGAGUAUAUUAGACUAAUAUCUGAAUUUCAUGCACAGACAAAGAUUGAGUUCGUCACCAAAAAAUACUUUCUAAAACCGUCGGAUUUUAAGGAUGGGAUUAUUCCAGAUAAUUUACUUCUCGAAGUAGCUGUGAUUAACAAUGAACAAAUUAUUAUUAGUUGGAUGGAUAUUUGCCACCAGGUAUAUGCACUAGCUUCACUCAUAACAAUUAUCACGUAUUGUUUUCAAUUGUCAUAUAAAUCUGCUCAAGUGCAAUCCUUGAUAAGUAAGUUAAUGGAGCCGAUGACUUUUUUGGAGUCUUAUCAGGAUAAUUCAAAUGCAAGAAAAGUAUGUGUGAUGAUGCUUCAAUGGCCGAUAUAUAUAGCAGGAAUCAAUUGCAUAUCUGAAAACCAUAAACUGUUAAUAACGAAGUGUUUUGAAAUUUCGGCACAAGCUGGUUCAAGUAGUGCAAUUCUCACACUCAAUAAAAUCAAGAAAAUUUGGGACAUUCAUGCGAGUAAUAAAGAAUGGAAUACAGACGAUGAUGAUAUGGAUAUAGUUACUUAUUAA